AUGGGUUUAUGUACAGUCCGGUCUGGACGAGGCGACGCUUCGGCGGUGGAAGGGUUGGAUGCGAGAACAAUGCGCCAGGGGCCAGGAAGUAGAGCAGGUCUCAACAGGUCUCGUGUCUACAAAAGAGGUUGUUCGGCCAGGAUGGCCCUCCCCACUCCCCAUUGUUGGGCUGGCCUUCACUUCGGCCACUUCGGUCCGCCGGUGACGACCGUCCAGUCAGUCGAGUGA